UGAGCCCGGAGGGAGCUCCGGGCGCCGCCAGCCCCUGGCUUCGCACUUGUCACCUGCGGACGGGACGGGCAAAGUUUGUUUGAAGAACAAGCAGGGGAGAAAGUGGGGGGGACUGAGCUCCGAGGAGACCCAAAGAAGCCGCCCGGGAAGGCUCCGCUGGGGAGAGGCAGGAUGCGACCCAAGCUGGCGCUGCUCUACCUCGUCUUCGGGGGGCUCCUGCCGGGCCCUGCACCCAGGAGGAAGCAGAUCGACACCGGGCAAUGUGAGCUGCCUCGAUCGCAGGGAGAGCUAAAUUCCUUCUUGUGGACCAUCCGUCGGGACCCCCCGGCCUACUUGUUUGGCACCAUCCAUGUGCCCUACACACGGGUGUGGGACUUCAUCCCGGAGAACUCCAAGGCAGCCUUCCAGGCCAGCACCAACGUAUAUUUUGAACUGGAUCUCACAGACCCCUACACCAUCUCGGGCCUGGCCAGUUGCCAGAUGCUGCCCCAUGGCGAGAACCUACAGGACGUGCUGCCUCGGGAGCUUUACCGUCGCCUCAAGCGGCACCUGGAGUACGUCAAGCUGAUGCUGCCGCACUGGAUGACCCCGGACCAGCGGGGCAAGGGGCUGUACGCCGAUUACCUCUUCAACGCCAUCGCCGGCAACUGGGAGCGCAAGAGGCCCGUCUGGGUGAUGCUGAUGGUCAAUUCCCUGACAGAGACGGACAUCCGCUCCCGAGGAGUGCCUGUGCUAGACCUCUACCUGGCCCAGGAGGCCGAGCGGAUGAAGAAGAGGACAGGGGCUGUGGAGAGGGUGGAGGAACAGUGUCACCCAUUGAAUGGGCUCAACUUCUCCCAGGUGCUGUUUGCUUUGAACCAAACCUUGCUGCAACAUGAAAGUCUCCGAGCGGGCAGCUUGCAGGCCCCAUACACUACUGAAGAUCUCAUCAAGCAUUAUAACUGUGGAGACCUGAACGCUGUCAUAUUUAAUCAUGAUACUUCUCAGCUCCCCAAUUUCAUCAACACAACACUCCCUCCACAUGAGCAAGUGACAGCUCAGGAGAUAGACAGCUACUUCAGACAGGAGCUCAUUUACAAGAGAAACGAGAGGAUGGGGAAAAGAGUGAUGACCCUUUUAAAAGAGAACACCGACAGGAGUUUCUUCUUCGCUUUUGGAGCAGGUCAUUUCCUGGGUAACAACACCGUGAUUGAUGUGCUGAGACAGGCUGGCUUUGAAGUGGAGCAUACCCCUGCUGGACAACCUAUUGGAACCUCUCAGACAAAGAACACAAGCCCUUCUUCAGUGGGGUUCGCAGGAACAGCGGCAUCUGCGGUCCAUAUUUUUGAGCACGCACCGCUGUCUUCUCCCUCUUCGAUGCCUCUUCAGUCCGAUGAAGAAGACAAUCUUCCACCUCAUCUCCUGUUGCCAGAUAGCAUCAGCCAGCUGGAAGAGUUCGGCCGCCAGAAGAAAUGGCACAAGAAACAACACAAACGCCAUCGCCAAAGGCAGUUCAAUGACCUGUGGGUCCGAAUAGAAGACAGCACAACCACGCUACCUUCAAACAUCAGGAUAACCAAUGGCUACAUCACAGUCAAUCCUCCCGUUUGGUUUUCAGACCAACUGGAUCAGAGACCACGUUCAGAUCUCCCGUUCCACCAUCAGCCAAAAAGCUCAGCACCUGACAGCACAUUGGUUCCAUCCAUAACUGCUUCUUUCUAUGUGCCAAUAGCGUCUUUUCUCCUGAGUUUUUUGAGGCCUUCCUGACCAACCUAGGAUUAUGUGCAAUACCUACAAUGGAGAACAGAAAUACUUUAUGGAAGAGUGGGUUGUUCCCUCAGCCACGGUUCCAACCUGGACCUUCUCACUGAGGAGAAAUGGUAGUGCCUCUAGCUGGUUUUGUCUCUUAGCCCAGAUAUAUUUUGAAACUCUAAAGCUUUAUUAUAACACUGACUUACAUCUUCUUUUUUGUAGAAGGAUCUUUAUUUCCCAUAGUGCUAUGGGGCUUUGUAAAAUAUAUGUGUUCAUAUAUAUAAAAAUGAAAUAGAAAAAACGUAUUUA